CCUACAUCUCUCAAGCACCCAGCGCAAAAAACCUCUGGGGAAAACGAUGAAAGAGGCACUCGACUCGUGUCAGACCGCAGCACCACCGGCUGGGACUCACCAUCCAGCACCGCACCAGCAGGAAGAAACCACGGAGGUGUCUUCAUAAGAUGCCCGUGGAGAAUCCCCUCUUUUUUCGCCCCGCUCCCAAGAUGGCGUCGAUGCGGGAGAGUGACACUGGCCUGUGGCUGCACAACAAACUGGGCUCCACAGACGAGCUGUGGGCGCCGCCGAGCAUUGCCUCGCUGCUCACGGCUUCGGUGAUCGACAACAUCCGCCUCUGUUUCCACGGACUCUCCUCGGCAGUCAAGCUCAAGCUACUCCUGGGGAUGCUGCACCUGCCCCGCCGGGCGGUGGAUGAGAUGAAAGGGGCACUGACUGAAAUUGUCCAGCUUGCUACCUUGGAUUCAGACCCUUGGGUCUUAAUGGUAGCUGAUAUUUUAAAAUCCUUUCCAGAUACUGGCUCCCUUAACCUUGAUCUUGAAGAACAGAAUCCCAAUGUUCAAGAUAUUUUAGGAGAGCUUAGAGAAAAAGUAAGUGAAUGUGAAACUUCAGCUAUGUUGCCGUUGGAAUGCCAAUACUUAAACAAAAAUGCCUUGACAACACUAGCUGGGCCACUUACUCCCCCAGUGAAACACUUCCAGCUGAAAAGGAAACCUAAAAGUGCCACUCUCAGAGCUGAACUCUUGCAGAAGUCAACAGAAACUGCACAACAGCUCAAGAAGACUGCAGGAGUGCCUUUCCAUGCCAAAGGCAGGGGCCUGGUCAAAAAGAUAGAUACCACAACACCACUCAAAGGAAUACCAAAACAAGCUCCAUUCAGGAGUACUUCAGCACCUAGUGUAUUUAGUUCUUCUGGAAACAGAACUCCUAUUCCUCCUUCAAGAACACCUUUGCGCAAAGAAAGAGGAGUAAAGCUUCUAGAUAUCUCAGAGCUGGAUAUGGUGGGUGCUGGCCGUGAAGCAAAGAGAAGAAGAAAGACAUUAGAUACAGAAGUUGUGGAAAAGCAAACCAAAGAAGAAACAGUAGUAGAAAAUGCUACCCCAGAUUAUGCUGCUGGCCUUGUGUCUACACAGAAACUUGGCUCACUGAACAAUGAGCCUGCACUACCUUCUACAAGUUAUUUACCUGCUACCCCCAGUGUGGUGCCAUCGUCCUCGUAUAUUCCAAGCUCUGAAACGCAGCCAGCUGGCUCUGCACGAGAGGCCUUGCAGACUACCCGACAGACCGAGGAGCCUGCGGCUCCCAAUGCUACUGCAGCUCUCCCUGCACAGUUCAAACAAAGAACACCCAUGUACAAUAGUAACUCAAACCCACCUGUGGCUACACCUACCUCACCUCUAACACCUACCACACCUCCUGCCAUAUCCCCUGCGGCACAGGCACCACAAGUGGCCCCCCAGACUCAGCAACAGCCGCCACCGAAAAAGAGCCUCUCUCUCACAAGGGAGCAAAUGUAUGCUGCACAGGAGAUGUUCAAGACUGCAAACAAAGUUACAAGGCCAGAAAAGGCUCUUAUACUUGGAUUCAUGGCAGGAUCCAGAGAGAAUCCUUGCCAAGAGCAAGGUGACAUCAUCCAAAUUAAACUUAGUGAGCAUACAGAAGAUUUACCAAAGGCAGAUGGCACUGGCAGCACCACUAUGUUGGUCGAUACGGUCUUUGAAAUGAACUAUGCUACUGGUGAAUGGACCAGAUUCAAGAAGUACAAACCUAUAACUAAUGUUUCCUAAGAGAUGCAGCAACAGCAGACUGGACCAAAUCAAGCUCAGAGUCAACCAGCUCUUAGAGUGUGUCAACUGUACAAAAAGGCAUUCAUGUGUACAUUUCUUAGUACCCUCCAGAAUAGAAGUUGUGGCUCUUCAACUUAUCUGGGCUCGGUGAACACAAAAGAUGGUGUAAAAUUUGCUUUUUCUUUUUUAAUCAUGGGAGAGGGAAAGGUGAUCUGGGGGAGGGAGGGGGGAAAGAUGUUGGUGUGUUUUUAUUUUCCUACAGUUCAAGAUGCCAGAAAAGAAGAUCACAACUGAAAGAUUACAGAUGGGAGCAGUUUACUUCUGAGUACCAGAAGAGAAGACUACUGCACAGUCAUUCACGGUUUACCAUUAAACAAGGGCACAGAUCUUUAUUGUAAAAAUGUUUUCUUUGGCUACGUGGGUUCUGUUGUAAGAAUGAACAUUGAAGCACCAGCUUGAAGCUGGUGCUUGAUUGUUUUGUAAUUCAGCUGCAGUAUAACUAAGUAUUGCAGGUGGUAGAUGUCCAGUGUCUAAUGGUACCCACUGUGUUUAGCUUAUUUAUGCUUGGGUGAUAGGAUGAGAUUGAGCAGCUUUCUUAACUCGCUAUAUUGUCAGUGUCCAUGCCCAGCAUGAGUUAAUCUAUACCUGACAUGAUUUGAGAUCAGGAGAAACUGGGUAUUGUAACUUUCUGAAGAAAAACAAAACCAAAAUUAAGAAGAAAGUAAUGGUGGCUUGUCACUGCCUGGAAAUGAUGGCUCUUUGCUAUGUAAGUAGAAGUUGAUCUGUGACUCUUGCAUAGCAAGCCCUUUGAACAGCAUCACUUGCCUGGGAGGAAGUGAAGCUAUAACAUCUCAAGACCAAUUGCAGCUUAAUUUGAAAUGGCCCUAGAAAUGGUUGAGUGACACCUAUCUGAACAUAGGUGGUUGAGAAGGUUUGUUGUCUUGAGGCAGUGUUAAUUUGUGUUUGGUUGAGCAGUCAUCAUGUGUUUGAUUGCCAAGCCCUGAUACAAAAAGUUUUGAAUGACUGUAGCUGUGGUUCUUACCAGUGUAGUUAUAUUGGUGUCAUCACUAAUGUGGCCACAAUUAUACUGGCAUAUAAAUGUGCCUUAUACUUGUCCCCUUCUAGUAGAAGCACGUUUUUAUCUUUAUAACUGUGUUCACACCACUGGUAUAAUUUGGCUUUCAUAGGACAAAUAAAGCUUGCUUUUAUUGAGAGGGCUUCUGUUCAUAGUCCAAGAUUCAUCCUUUGGAGACUUGGUUUCAUCAUCUGAAGGAGACUUGGGUUGAAUGUCUGGGUUCUGCCCCUACUUGUGUGUGGAGCUGUGCUUGGUUGGGAAUGGUGCUGGGGAGGUACCUUGGGCUGACUAGAGGUUCAUGUUGAAGUGGAACUCUUAAGACAAAAUGAGGCUUUUAUCUUCUUUUUUAAUGGAAAAGCAGACCAAAUCCAGUAAGUACUCUUAUAUACUAACAAAGACACUUAGAUGAUUGAUUAGAGUCUUUUUGUAUUGGGGCAUUUUUAUUGCAUUUUGUUUUUAGUUUUUCAAACAAAUUAUCCAACAGGACAGGGCAAGUAUAACUAAUAAGAAAACCUGUAUUCUACAGUUUGAAAAUGUGACCAAAAGUUAUAGGUUUCUUAACUUUAAUUAAGCAAAUACACAGAAUGUUGUAGCUCCUGCAGUGGGCAAGUUAUUCGAUGGUAGCUGCUGCCAUCACGGAGUGUUGUGCAUGUAUUGGUGUGCAAGUGACUCCCAGAUAAGUGUCACACUGGGGGCUCUCCUCCACAUCAGUACCCCAUGUCAGAAGCAACCUAGAUCGUGAUUCUGACUGCAGUUUUUCUUUAUACAGCUAGAAACCAGCCUGACAAGUGAGGAUGAGUAGCGAGGUUUAGGUUUUUUAGGAGUUCAGUAGAAUGUGUUUUCAUGGUUCUAACUUACUUGAUUAUAGUAGGUUACACAGGGCUAACAAUAGAAUAUGGAAGUGUUCAUCCUAUAAAAGAAAGAUUUAAAGAAAAGUGACAUUCCUUUUCUUGUCUGCAUUAUUCAGAUUUUAAAGCUCUCUUGUGAUGACCAGUUUUAUGUACACGUGUAUGAUACUCCUGUCUUAACUGUUGCUGCUUGCUACAUAAGCUGCAAAUACCAAAUACAAUUUUUAACAUGAAACUUCUAGAAAACUGGCUUGAGGGGCAUGUACUGUCACUGUAAAUAGCUGAUGCAAGACUUUGCAAUUCAGUAGUGGUCAGGAGCUGCUGCGUGACACCUCUUUUGGCUUACUUGAGAUUAACUGGGGUCCCUCAUUAAACUUUCUUGCUCCACAGAAGUGUGUAUUUCAGACCUGUGCUGUGGGCGUGGGGACAGCUGUCCCUCUCCUCUUCAAGAAGCCCUUCUAGAAUGCAGUGGAGUCAUUUUGAGUGCAGUAGUGUAUAGGAAGCUUAAUCAUGCUGCUCUUGGUAUUUGCUGCCUAACAAAGUUGGUCUCCUCCAGGCCUAUUUGUCUGAAGUCAGUCAUACACAAUACACUGAAAUUUUAAUUAGAAGCAUAGUAUAUUUUUAAUUCCAUUAAGGGAUGAGGCAGUUUAAACUGCAGAAAGAAUUUAUUUGUAAGUGACUUUAUCACCCUCAAUACCAGAGCAUUACUUCCACUUGAUCUGUGAAUCUGGAAAGUUGUUUUUCUUUUUAACUGCCUGAAGAAAGGCAAGUUUGUGCAAUGUUGUUAAAUGAUACCGUAAAAAGUAAAACUACAUGGAGAGAAUGAAAUCAUUGAACCAGUGGCCUGAAAGUAGGGAUAAUGCCAGGCAAUUCAGAAAGGGCAGUAUCGAAUUCCAAUAUAAUGGAAUUGCGUACAGAACAAAAUCUGGCCCUGGAACUUGGUAUUUUUGUCUUGACUUCAGUCACUUGGAUGUUAGCUGGAUUCUGUUCAGUGAGGCUCAAUAUGUGCUGUAAGAUGAAACAAGAACAUUUGUUGACUCUAGAAUGACUUGCAGAUGUACUGACAAUAGACCAGAGAAGCAGUUCAAAGUUUUGUUAAAGCUUUGUUUUUAUCUUUUUCACUUUAUCCGAUCAUGAAGUUUUAGGAAAUAGCAAGCCCAAACUUCCCUAGGUACAUUACUGCACCUCAGCAAGGCAGGAUGUCCCAGCUUCUCUUGCCUUUGCUUGUAAGGAAGCACCUGUCUGUGCAAGCCUAGGCAUGAUACGAAUUGGCCUGUUUGAUUUUUAGAGUAUGGAAUACUGGAGAAAGAAGCAGUGAAAGUGGCUUGUCCUGCCCAAAGUUUUUAUUCUUGGGGGAGGAGGAGCACAUACAUGCAGAGCCAGGCUCCUUUAACAACGUGCCCGACAGCAAAGUGCUGGGUUUCUUUAGGCUCCCUUUUCUGUCAUGAGGGCUGUGAGGACCAGAAAGGGUGAAAUGAGUGUAAUGAAGAAGGUGAGCCCAAGGAGGAUGCUGAGCAAGAGUUCUGGUCAUAGGCUUCAUCUUCCUUUUUGACAGAACAUUUUUUUUUUCCCUUCUCUAGUGCUCUGUAGUUACUCCAUACAAAAGAGUCUAGGCUUAGUUUGGUUAACACUCUAGUAUUCAUAGAAGCAUAGAAUGGUUUGGGUUGGAAAGGACCUUAAGAUCACCUAGUUCCAACCCCCCUGCCAUGGGCAGGGGCACGUCACAUUAGACCAUGUAGGUUAACUUGGUUUUCUCUGGUAGUAUUGCCAUUUAAUCUUCAGUUAAACACCAUAGGAUGCUGCAUGCAGUGGGGAGGAGCCUUUGGUAGUUGCUUGGCAUCUCCAUGUGAAAUUGGUCACUUCUCUCACUAAGUCGUGUCAAAGUGCAGGCUACUUGUCUAGAUGAAAGAAGCUUGAGACUUUGACAUGAUUCAGUUUAAGAGUGAAUUGCAUUUUCAUAGUAAGAUCUGACUGGAAGAGAAAAGAGACUAUAAAAAUGUUAAGCCAGAACCCUCUGGGAAUCUGGUGCCUUCAACAAGAACUGUCAUUUUGUAAAAUGUUACAUCUAUAGCAUAGCCCGUAUGUUUUCUAUUGUUUUUUUUGUACAGUUGUAAAUUCAAAAUACUCUGUCUUUGGGUACGUAUUUUCAGUGUAAUACAGUAUGUAUAAUAAAAAUCUAGAUUUUCUAAGGAAA